GGUUGCACACGAGCUGUAAAAAAAAGUAUUCUCCUGUUUCUAGGAGUGAGUAUCAGUCUUGUUUAUUCAAGUGGAAGGCAGGAGUGUGGGCUUGUGUCUUGGAGCAGCAGAAAUAGAGCAGAGAAGAUUCUUGACAUCUGAGUGAAAUGGAGUUAACAAUGGAGCCAUCAGAAGAAUUUUUGUUCCAACAUAAAGGAAUUUAUUUCCAUCCAAACUUUGCUACACCUGAAUACAUAGAUUCACUGGAGGAUUUUGAAAUCAGAGACAGUGAUGUAUUUGUAGUUACUUAUCCAAAAUCAGGGACUGUGUGGACUCAGAAUAUUUUGAGCUUGAUUUAUCAUGAAGGCCAUCGAGAUGGAACAGAAAAUAUGGAAAUAAUAGACAGAGUCCCAUGGCUGGAGUAUAACAUACAUAAUAUCGAUAAUGUCCAUCGUCCAUCACCUCGUCUCUUUACUACUCACCUGCCUUACUAUUUAGUUCCAAGAGAUCUGAGGAACAGGAGAGGAAAAGUUAUUUAUGUAGCCAGAAAUCCAAAGGACGUUGUGGUUUCCUAUUUUCAUUUUUCCAACUUUUCAGUCAAACUUGAGACAAUACCAGAUUUUAAUAUUUUUCUGGAGAGGUUUUUAGCUGGGAAAGGUAAGGAUCUCAGAGGCGCUGUGCUGAAAAUCUGCAAAUUCUUAGGAAAGCAGCUAAAUGAAAAAGAGCUGGACACUGUUGUGGAAAAUGCUACAUUUGAUAAAAUGAAAACUGAUCCCAGGGCAAACUAUGAGUCCAUGCUAGACGAUCUCCUGGAACGAGGCAAAGGACAUUUUCUUCGCAAAGGGACCGUUGGAGACUGGAAGAACACAAUGACUGUGGCACAGAGCGAAAGGUUUGACAAUGUUUUUAAGGAGAAAAUGAAAGACCUGUCUUCCAAGUUCACCUAGGAUAUUAAUGACGACAUAUAGGCUGGUUUCCAGCUGGAAAGAGGUGAAAGUGCACUAAAGAGAAUGAAAAUACAUUUGUCUCCGGUAUUCAUGAAAAUCCAUCAUUCUGUGCACAUUAAAGAUUUUAAACCUGCAAUUUUUUUUCCUUCUUACACGU